AUGGAGCUGCUGCUCCUCCCAUGCCGCGCCGCCAGCCCCCGCUCGCUACUUCCAACCAGCCCCGGCGCCUUUCGCCGCGCCGGCGCCACCGCCGCCAGGCCGGCGGCCGCCAGCUCCAGCAACGUCGAGAUCAUCGACGACGCCACGGCGGCGACGUCGUCGCCGGGCGCCGCGAAGCAGUGGCGCGCGGGCGGGCUCGGGCUGGAGCUGGAGCUAUCGGAGGAGAUGCGGCGCGGGAUGAUGUGGCGGAUGCUGGCGCCCCCCGCGGCGGCGGUGGCGGCGGACGUCGCGUUCCUGGGGCUGCUCGAGCGCGCGCAGCCCGGGGACGUGCCGGCAUGGGCCGCCACCGCGGGCUCCGCCGUGCUCUUCGCGGUGGGGCUGCUCGGGGUCCACUACGGGUUCCUGUCGUCGAGGUGGGAUGCGGCGGAGACGGGGUCCGUCGUUGGGUGGGACCUCGCCGUGCGGCACUGGAACGUCCUUUCCAUGGCGAAGGAGUACUCUUCCUCGGUGGUGGAGGAAGACGACGACGACGAGGAAUACGAAGACGACGAAGAGGAGUACGAGGAGGAUGAAGUAGACAGUGAUUAA